AUGAACAAAAACUUUAUUUUCAUCAAAAAAAUGCUUUUUUUCUCCUCAAUUUAAACACAUCCAAAUCAAUUCUUGAGAAAGAGCAUUUAAAUCUCUACAAGUAUUGAAAUUAAGGUUGAUGAAUAAUCAGCAAUUUGGAGAAUCAAAAUAUUUAAAAAAGGACAUAUUAAGUUUGCACUAUGAAACAAUUAAUGUAAAAUAGGUUAAUAAAAAAUAUAUUAAUACAUAGCAAGAGGGAGAAUAGUAGUAAGCAAUAUAUUGUAAGAUACAUUUAAGGCAAUGUUAGAACAUUUAUUAUAAAGAUGAAAUUAGUCUAAAUA